GUAAGAAAGAUACUUACUUUGUUAUUUCCCUCAUACUUUUCUACUGCGGGUAGCUACUUUAGUUUCAUGCCUUGAUUCAUGUUUAUUUGCAUGUGGAAUUUUGAUAUGGUUUUACCUGGCAUUUUGAUUUUGUGAGUUUCAUGGCAGAAAUUGAUAAUAUGGUAAUGGGUUAUAGACGUACUUAUAGUUGGGGGCUGACUAUGUUCCUCAUUUUGUGUUGAAUUCAAGAUUACUAGUAGAGAUGAUUUUUGAUUAUUAAAGCUCAUCUUGAGCUUGUUUUUGUGGAAUGAAUGGUUUAUGAAUCAGCGAAGAUACUUAAAAAUUUAAUAAAAAUGAAAAAAUACAUAAUUUUGAAACUUCAAAAAACAAAAAAAUCAUUUUCAUAUAGUCAGCGCUUGCACGUUCCUUCCUCGUCGCCUCCUUCGAAUCUCAAACCAUUGACUUUGAGGGUGCAACACAAGAAUGUUGCCCCUCCUCUCUUCAUUCUAUCUUUCUACAUGAAAAACAAAACUCAAAUCUCGCACCCCAAACAUGGCCGGCGACGCCAGACGGAUUCGGCGCCAGCAACAACCAUAGUCGGUCCUGACUUCGAUCAUGACAUCAUUGCUGAGAUACUGUCAAGGCUACCGGCCAAAUCUCUACUACGAUUUCGCUGCGUAUGCAAGUCAUGGCUUGCAUUGAUCUCCGAUCCCUCUUUUGUUAAAAACCACCUCAGCCGGGUCAACACCAACCACUUCAACCUCCUUCUCGGAACGCGGCCUCUCCAAGCUUCUGUACUGAAGCUAGAUGAUGGUGACGUUGCAAUCACAGAGCUUGAUUAUCCGGAGAUGCAUGACUUUGAAGGUGAAUGUUUUCCAAAUAUCUAUGGUUCUUGCAAUGGCUUGAUUUGUAUAGAAUUUGGAAGCGGUAGCAUCAUAUUAUGGAACCCUUGCACUAGAGAGUUCAAGCAGCUACCAGAACCUGAACUUCAUAUUUGUGAAAGUUCAAGCAUCUUUGAGAGUUUCGUAUAUCUUGCUGGAUUCGGUUAUGAUUCCACCAUCGAAGAUUACAAGGUAAUACGAGCCACUAAAAUAUAUGAAGCAGAAACCACACUUCAAGUCUUUACACUAAAAACGGGUUCAUGGAGGCCUAAUCCUGAUUUCAAUCAUAUUAGCCAAGGCAGUGAAUACAUUUAUCGGUUCGAAAAGCAGGGUUUCUUGUUAAACGAAACUCUACAUUGGGUAGCCCUUCUAAGAGGAGUAGAGUAUGAGGAAGGUACAUUAGGAAUACUG